UUCCCUUUCUCUACCUCCUCGCCCAUGGCCAUCCGAAUAUUUAACUACAUUCGUUGACCCUAAUCAUCUUUCUUGGAUAAUUCCCAUUCCAAUCUCCAGAGAGAACGAUGGCGAGGUCGGCCGCUCGGACUUCCGCACCGACCACCGGAACCCGAACCCUAACCCUGGAAGAGACUUCCUCCUCCUCGGUUUCUUCUCAGCAGCGGCAGCAACAACCCGAAACCCUGGUUCUCCAACUCCGGCGGCCCAAGAAGAAGGUAACGUGGAAGGAGGGAACGGUGGACAAUGAGUUCCUCAACCGGAAGAGCUCCAAGAAGUGCUGCAUCUUCCACAAGCAGAAGCCCUUCGACGAGGACGACAGCGACGAUGACGACGGCGGCAGCGGCGGAGGUCCCACCGGGGAGGACGGGGCUGGCCCCAGUGGCUGCUGCUCCCAUGGAAGGGAGCAUUGAUCGGAGGGAUCCAUUGUCUCUGCAAUCAUGUGCUGUUGGUCUGGUGGACUUUGGACUGAAUUUUUGUCUCUACAAGUGAGCUACAUGGUUGGAGCUUCAAUCCAGUACCAGGAAGCCUGCGUCUUUCUUGGUCGUUCCAUUUGCGAUUUUCAGUUAGAUUGUGGAUUCAUAGUUCUUUGCAUCAUGACAUUAUGUUGUCGUGAUUCACACAUAGUACUUUCAUAGCCUGCCAUUUCCUGUGAUGCAGGGUGAAUUGUGUCCUGGCGGUGUACUUGUAAAACCUAUACCAUCCUACGGUAAUAGUGUAUGAUCUUCUAUUUUGAAGUGUGAAAAAGGAUCGCUACUCUUCUUUCAUUAAAUUUGGAGUGUAAACGGUUCUGUUGUGCAUGUAGUAGAAUUGUACUCUGCACGAAACAAAUUUUGCACAAUAUGGAUAAAGCUGAAUAAUUCAGAUGUUUGUUUUGUUA